AGAGAGGACUCCAGGACCUUUACAAGUGGCUGCCUGAAUCACAAGGGGAGAGAUUUGACUAACUAGAAGUCAUUCCAUGUUAUUUCAAGUGGCCUGGGCAGGCAUCUCUCAUUCAUCGUCUGCAAUCAACCAAACCAAAGAAGACUGAGUCAAGCCAAAGGCAUUUCUUCCACUGGAUUUUGCUUGCUUUAACUUGAGUAAUCUUAAACAACCUUUUUGUCCUUGAGGAUACAACAAAGUUGACACAGGGAGGACUUUUUUUUUCAAAGAUGGACCUCUUGACAGAUGAUCCACGCGUGCGCUCAGAUAGCAUGAGCAGCUCAACAUCUGUGGGCUCGAGGACCAGGAUCCUCCUUCGCCAGCGUUUGUCUCAGCUGCUGACCCGCAUAGACGACAUGAGCUCUGAUGAUGAAGCCAGUGAAGAAGUGUCCCGCACACUGGAUGAAGCGUUUCACCUCUGUGGCCGAUUCAUUCCUACAGACACAUUCAGGCUGCACAUGGUGACCUGGAAUGUGGCCACAGCAGAGCCUCCUGAAGAUGUUUCCGCUUUGCUGCAGCUAGAUGUCCAGCCUCCCGCGGACCUCUAUGUGAUUGGUCUGCAGGAGGUGAAUGCCACACCUGUGAGGUUCAUCUCGGACCUGUUAAUGGAGGAUUCCUGGAGCCAUGUCUUCAUGGACACCCUGGCACCCAGAGGCUUUGUCAAGGUCACAUCAAUAAGGAUGCAAGGCUUGCUGCUGCUGUUAUUUGCCAAACAAAUCCAUCUCCCCUACAUCAGGAACAUCCAGACCACCUACACCCGUACUGGCAUCUUUGGCUACUGGGGUAAUAAAGGAGGAGUGUCAGUGCGUUUUUCCUUGUAUGGCCACAUGGUGUGCUUCCUCAACUGCCACCUAGCAGCUCACAUGAGCUACGCUCUGCAGCGUGUUGAUGAGUUUGAGCACAUCCUGGAGACGCAAGACUUUGACAUCUCUGACACGCCACACAUCCUGGACCACAAGGUGGUGUUCUGGUUUGGUGACCUGAACUUCCGUAUUGCAGACCACGGGUUGCACUUCCUCCGCUCUUCCAUCAACAGCGGGCGCUUUAACUUGCUGUGGAGCAAAGACCAGCUCACCAUGAUGAAGAAGAAGGAAGCUUUCCUGCAGGAAUUUGAGGAAGGGCCAUUAAAUUUUAAACCAUCCUACAAGUUUGACCGUAACUCUGACACCUAUGAUACCAGUACCAAGAAGAGGAAACCAGCCUGGACAGACCGGAUCCUCUGGCGCAUCAAACCCCAAACCCAGCCAUCAGAGGAGGAUGAUGAGAAGGCAUCGACUUCUACGGAUGACGGACUCGAUGAGUAUCCACUCCAGGUCACCCAGGAGAAAUACACCAGUGACAUGAGCUACGGAGUUAGCGACCACAAGCCUGUCAUUGCAACCUUUAGUCUGGAGCUAAGGAAGUACUUUGACACACCACUGGUGCACAUAUCUCCUCUGGGUACAUGGAGCGGCGAUCAGGACGCACUCCUUAGCUACACCUUCCAAGAGGACUUCAUGUCCUCCACAUGGGACUGGAUUGGCCUGUACAAGGUGGGAUUCAAGAGCCCAUCUGAUUAUGAAACCUUUGUGUGGGUGAGAGAGGACGAUCUGCCAGAGACAAAUGAAGUCAUAGAGAUAUCAGUGGAUAAAGAUGAGAUCCCUCUGCUUAGUGGACAGUAUGUUUUGGGCUACUACAGUACAAAUAUGCAAAGCAUCAUUGGUCUCAGUGCUAGCUUCCAGAUUGUGGAGUCAAAGCGUGCCGUCAUGGAGGGACUUAUUCCUGAGAACAUCAACGGGCUCAACAAAUGAGAAGAAAUUCACUGCAGGCUUUCAGAUCAACUCCAUCAUCAAAAGGACGAGCUGAGCUGUUCAUUAAUGGCCGUCACACUGUGCCAUCACACGGCACGGACUGCUAACUUGAACUUGUCAUUUCUAACUUUGCCUUAAAGGAGCUCACCUUGUGUCAGCAUAUCCAGAAAAUACAGGAAUAUGAUUUGUUUUUCAAAGUGGUGGACAUGCACUGCUCAAUACAGUCCUUGGUCAAAUUUGAUGUUUUAGAUUUUUGAAUGUAUACAAAAAUAAUUAAUUAAUUAAAUUUAGAUUUGAAUUAUUUUUAUAAAUUAUUUAUCUAUCUUGCUCUAAAUGUCUGAACUGUACUUUCUCACAUUAGUGCAAUAUUAUAAUGCUGUUUCUAUUCCAAUAGAAAAAAAAUGAUUGUUGUCAUCGUAGAAGGACAUGUGUUAUCAUGAAAUUGUGUAUAUUUCAUUUGACUGGUUGAUUGAUAGAAUGGACAGUAUCACAGAAACAGAACACGAUCAGUUUGUAGGAUGUGUAUUGGCACUGAGAGCCAUAGCGGUAAUGAAAUACUGUCUAUGAGGUACAGGCUUUUGUUGAGGGAUGUGCUGGAGACUGGCUUUCAAGUGACCACAGUGACUUCUUGUGAAAAUGUUCAAACAGUUUCCUCCUGAUGAAGAUUUGUUCAACCCCAGCAAAUGUUUGAGGUCGUAUUAAAACUGAAGAUUUGUAGCUGACUGUGAAGUUCGUUUAAGUUCUAGAAAAAUAUAUACAAGUUAUUCUCCCUUCCUGCAUCACUUGACAUUGACACAUGCUGCCUUUAUCCAUCACCUGCUCAGUGCCCCCUAGAGUCUAAAAAAGAAAAUACAAAACAAAUACAAAAACAUUUAAAUAAUUGAAAUAAUGAAA